AUGGACAUGAAUCAACAACAGAUUGUUAGCGAACAUGAAGCUUUUCCAGCUGAGCUUUCAUGGCUCGACAUGAUGGAUCUCAACAUCCAAGUCGAUUACGACGAAGUCAUUUCUUUCGAAGAUGACGGCGACAGCCACAUUAAACCGGAGGACGAAUCAGCAGAGAUCAAGGGGGAAUCCGGUCCUUCCGGUGACUCUGAGAGUCCAACAUCGUUGGAAGUCAAGCAGGAAACAACUCCCUCUGCUGGCUUCGAGGUUUCCCCCUCAGUGGAAGUCUUGGAAGAGAAAAACCAACACAUCGCUGAGCUCAAAAAGCAGGUAGGAGAUCUUAAUAAAGAAUUGCACAGAACUAUUAUUGAUCUCGAUGUGGAAAGAGACAGAAGGUUUGAGUAUGAGGCUGAAGUCCAAGCACAGCAGGAGGAGAUUCAAAAACUGAAAAAGAUGUUAGAGAAAGAACGUCACCUGCAAGCCCAACGUGAACAUGGAAGAAACGAGGCAGAGAUUAACGAAGUGUCAAAAGUUUCUUCCGCUUCCAAAGAUACAACUGACAAGAGCCUACUUCAGCAGCUGGAUCACUUUAAGGGGGAGGCUGAAAAAUACGCCUCCCGGAACAAAGGUUUGAUUGAAGUAAUGGUGGAAGAAUACAAGGACCAGGUGGCAGACCUGAAGGAGAAGUUGAAACAUGCUCUGGAAAAUAAUCAUCCAAGAGUCUCCACCCAACCAGAGGCCCCCCUGCAGACAGAAGGCUCCCUACAAACAGAGGAGUCCAAACAAAGACAGACCUCCCAUCCACCAGGGGUCUCCCAUAGCCUGGCUCGGCCUUUGCACCGACCUACACCCAGGUUGCAAUCAGAGGAGUCCAGGCAGAGUCAAACCUCCACACAAACAUGGAGGUCCGAGGAAAAACAGGUGUCCAUGCGACCAACCUCCACUGGUCGCAUGGACCAACCUCCACUUCAUGUUGGCAUUGGUGUGAAGACCAGUCUUUGCCAGGCUCGGCCGUUACACCGACCCACACCCAGGUGGUAUUAA